GCAGAACGUGCAAGAACACACAUUACUAAUAGCAUUGCAAUGGAAGACAUCCGUUUGGCUGCUUCGAUAUUCUUUGAGCAAAACUCGCAAUUGAAGAACAUUGCACAGACCGAAUUCUCCAACUUGACCCGGACCAAACAAGGCUUGGUCACCAAGAAGGCCUUCGACGAGCACCUCCGGCUGCGCCAGCCUGAGUGCUUGAGUAGCAACUUGGCUGCCGAGCUCGACGCCAACAACGACGGUUAUCUCACGUUCGAGGACUUCCUAGUCUACCGCUACUUGUUCCAGACGAGGCCCGUCUGCCGCCAUUGCAAGGCAAUUGUUAAGCUCGUCUUCUACACCUGUCUUGAGUGCUUCGCCGGCAAAUUGAAGGAGAGGACCUACGAUCUCUGUCCCAUGUGCUACCUCGGGAACAAGUUCUCUCAUCCGCAUAAACAGUUCACCAAUAACUAUGCCGUGGUCAACAAUAUCCGGAAGCCGCCCAAGGAUGUUCCGAUGGUGGGAAAGGUGGCGAUGGCAGUGGGAGUUGGAGUGAGUGCUAAUGCUCUGGGCACAGAAGUCAUAGAUGCAUUCUUGCCUGGCGCAGGCAAUUGAAAGCGCCCGACCACUGAACGAAGCGCUACUUGUCGAGGAUUUCGCAAUGAUCAAUAUAGUCCCUGGAGACUCAGAAGCCAUACUCUGAUCAGCUUUAGUUCUUGUAGUUCUUUGACGAGCGAACAGUGAGAAGGACGAAUUGGAAGACCGUUUAUGCUUUUAAUGGGCACGGUGCUGUUGUUACUUUUUACUCGUGCACUCGGCAUUUAAUGGCUGUCUAUUAUCAUUGAAAAGAUUCGGAGCGCACUUUCAUGCUUUGUUUGCUCCUUUCUUGUCUUUGUUAGUCCCCGAGUCUCAAUUUCUUUGUAGGGUACAGAUCAUCUAUUCAUACAUUAGCUCAUUCUCUUGUCGCUACAUUGCAUCUGUAUGAAUUGUCCGCAACAAUUAACA